ACAUACCCUGUGUUCUUUCUUUGAUUCUCUUUUAAUGUUAUGAAAGCUCAGAAAAUGCUAGAAAUGCUAGAAUGAUUUUGCAUACCUGUGGUCCAGUUGUUGUUGAUUUUCUUUUUGCGUCUCUAUGGACAAGAAUCAUUUGCAUUGCUGAUUUCUACAAUUUACAGAGCUGCAAAACUGCUCAAAGACAAUGAAAGGAAAGAACUAUUAUAGAAUCAAAUUACUCAGUGGGGUAUACCAGACAACACCUAGCAUUCCAUAGGACAUCCCGCAGUCUUUCACUGGUUUUCUGAAAGAUAAUACAUUUAAAGCUUCUAACACAUUGUCUGGCUCGAGGUGAGAGCUCAAUAAAUUUAAUUUGCUUCUCCAUUGUUAAAAGAAUGAAAAACAAGAUAAUUGAGAAUUUAUAGCAUUUCUAUGGAACUACAGUUCCCUGGAUAGUUGCUGUAUCUAGAUUGACUUUUGAUUUCACUGGGUCUUGUGCAGUGCCUGGGAACAUUUUUAUAUGUGGUCAGUAAUUAAAAAAUUUAUUUUCCCACCUCUUAAUACUAUCACAGUUGUUCAGUAACAGUUUGAUUGGAUAGAACUAUGUUCAAAUAUGUUCUGAUUUAUUCCCCUAUCUGGAAAAAACAUGUAUAUUGUGAGAAAAUAGGCUUGUCUUACUUACAUCAUUAUGUAUCAUGUAUUUUCAUACUGGGGUUAACAAAUAUAUUCUAAGCAUUGAAACUGGUGGCCUUGAAAAUGGCUUGACUAGCUGUUUCUUUUCAUAGUCCAAACUGGGUGAAUAUAGCUAAAUAAAAAAUCUGGCUCUAUUAUAAUAGCAAAUUCGAUUUCGUGUGUGGAGUCUUAAGGCAUGAUUAUACUGUUUCUCACCAUGAAUAGUGAUUUUUUACACAUGAUAAGGCAGGCUAGCAUAUUCACAUACAUUACGGCUAGAAUAAACCAUUGCUUUAAAAAUAUGAUUUUUAACCUGCUUUUUAGAUUGAGUGUUCUAUAAAAAUUUCUUCUUAACUGAAAAAAAAAAUAUGCAGAGGCUAAUGUAGACUGUAAAAUGAAGGAGAAGCUUAGCUUUACUGUGGAGUCUGGGUCUGGGUGUAACCUAACUAGCUAGAGGAUAUGCAAUUCCUGAUUGACAGCAGGUCCAGCAUUAUGCAGAUUUUGUAAGGGAGAACACUCAGCUCAGAAACAGUGAUGAGAGGCUCUGUUAGGAAUUACUACAUUCACUACUCAUAUCUUUCAGUUUUCUGUCUACUGGAUUUGUAAAUAAAUAGCGCAAAACCGUUCCUCUUUUGUUUUUAUUAAAGUGAUACUGCAAUGCAGUUCAGUCUGUCAGCUAGGCAUAUAUGUGUGAAAUUUGAUAUUCUCACUAAAUUAGCUAAUUUUUAGCUGUGUUCCAUGCUUAUCUCUAGACCUUUGUGUAUUAAAUCCUGUCUCGAGCUGUUCCCUUUAUACACAAGUGUGUUUUGCUUGUGCCUUCCUGUCUUCCUCAGUGAGAAGCUUUAUGUAGGUCAGGCUUGGCUUAAGCAGAUUUCCUGAACCUGCGUCAGCUUAAGCUGGAGGAAUUUUAAUAAACCCUCCCCUGUAGGCGUGGGCCUAAAUGAGGCUAGCCUAGUUAAGCCUGAUCUUUUUCUGUUUGUGAAAAGAGCUGAGCAGAGCUGAAGGCUGCAUGGUGGUUUCAGAAACUGCCUACUUAAUUUGAAAAGAACAAUGGUAGGAAAGGCUAGAUCUUCCAAUUUUACCUUAUCUGAAAAGCUUGAUUUGCUAAAGCUUGUGAAGCCAUAUGUGAAAAUUCUCGAAGAACACACUAAUAAACAUUCAGUAAUAGUGGAAAAGAAUAGAUGUUGGGAUAUCAUAGCAGUUAACUAUAAUGCAAUUGGAGUAGACCGCCCUCCUCGAACAGCACAAGGCCUACGCACCCUUUACAAAAGGCUCAAAGAAUAUGCCAAACAGGAGCUAUUGCAGCAAAAAGAGACCCAAUCAGAUUUUAAAAGCAAUAUUUCUGAGCCAACCAAGAAAGUUAUGGAGAUGAUUCCCCAGAUUUCCAGUUUUUGCCUGGUAAGAGACAGGAACCACAUACAAAGUGCAAACUUGGAUGAGGAGGCACAGGCUGGUACCAGUUCACUACAGGUAAUGUUGGAUCACCAUCCUGUUGCCAUUACAGUGGAGGUGAAGCAAGAAGAAGACAUUAAACCACCUCCUCCACUGGUUUUAAAUUCUCAACAAAGUGAUACUUUAGAGCAAAGAGAAGAACAUGAAUUAGUACAUGUUAUGGAAAGAUCCUUGUCGCCUUCACUUUCCUCUGUUGAUAUGAGAAUGACAUCGUCUCCAUCUUCUAUUCCAAGGAGAGAUGAUUUUUUUCGGCAUGAGAGUGGCGAACACUUUAGGUCACUAUUAGGGUAUGAUCCUCAGAUCCUGCAAAUGUUGAAAGAGGAGCAUCAGAUAAUUUUAGAAAAUCAAAAAAAUUUUGGAUUGUAUGUUCAGGAGAAGAGGGAUGGAUUGAAAAGAAGGCAGCAGCUAGAGGAAGAACUACUAAGAGCAAAAAUUGAAGUGGAGAAGCUGAAAGCAAUUCGCUUACGGCAUGAUCUACCUGAAUAUAACAGUCUCUAAGAUUUUUUUUUUUUUUUUUUUGGUCAAUCUUGCAAUUGGAUAAUUUUGAUUUUGGCCAAAUUACUUUAAUUUGGGAGUAUCCUGAAACAGAAUACAUGUUCUUAAAAAAUGUUGUUAAUCUCUAUUAUGGAAAAUCUUUUUUGAUAUAAUUUUCUAGUUAUUUUAUUUUGAGAUAUUAAAAUUUACUGAUUGAUUGGCA